AUGUCAAAUACUAAAAGUCUCCAAACUUUUCUCAACAUGAACAAGAACAAAAAUCUAUAAAUUUAGUUUUUGUCUUUCACUGAAUACCAUUCAAAAGAUAAUACAAAAAACAAAGAGAAGGGAAAUUCCUAGCUAGAAUCAUCAUCAAAUGCCAUUCAUUUCCAACAGCAAAAGGCAGAGAAUUUCAUUUCAUUGAACAAAACAUGAAGUUUGGGAAAGAGUUUUUAUCACAAAUGGUACCAGAAUGGCAAGAAGCAUACCUGGAUUAUAAUCAACUCAAAACAUUGUUGAAAGAAGUGAGCCAAGUGAGACAAGUAGAAGCAUCAGACAAGCAACCAAGCAAAUUUAACAGAAGAGGAUCUCUAUACAGAGCUUUUAGUGGACUAACAGGAGGAAGAAGCUUUCAAAAGCUGCAAGAAGAUGCAAUACAUACAAACAUAAUUCAAAGAGGGUCUGAAGGAGAAUGUUAUCAAAGCAUGUUGUUUACUUCAUCUUUGGAAAAAGGGAGUGAAAUUGAGGUAGAUUUCUUCAGGAAACUUGAUGAUGAGUUGAAUAAAGUUGUGGGGUUUUACAAGAAGGAAGUGGGGGAGUUAAUGGAGGAAGCUGAGGAAUUGAGCAAACAAAUGGAUAUUUUUAUUGCUCUGAGGAUAAAGGUAGAGAAACCAGAUUGUUCUUUUGAAGAUUCUAAUGAACAUAUCAGUCUUACAGGUAUUAUACCUUCCUCAACUUCUACUUCAACUGUCAAGUCCACCUUUGCUAGGACUCCUGGACGGUCGCGAAAGGAGGUAACUCAAGAAGUUGAGAUGGCUGAGGAAACAUCUUUGGAAGAUGCAAAGAGUUAUCGCAGGAAGGCUAGUAAAGAAAUAGUUCAACCUACCAUUCAAAAACUCAAACCAGUUUCAUUAGAAUUGUUGCCUCAAGUAAGGAUUAAUGUCCAGCCUGAAACACCAAUAUCAACUUUAAAGUGCAUGGUCAUGAGUUCCACAUCUCAAUUGUCUUAUAGUAAGACAGAGUUGAGGAAGGCAGAAGAGCUCAUGACUCGUGCUCUCAUCGAAUUCUACCAAAAGCUUCGAUUUCUGAAAGGCUACAGUUUCUUGAAUAAACUGGCUGUUUUGAAGAUCAUGAAGAAAUAUGAUAAGAUUACAUCACGUAAAGCAUCAAAGGCCUACUUAGAAAUGGUGGAAAAAUCUCCUCUUGGCAGCACUGUUGAGGUUACAAGGCUCGUAGAAAGGGUGGAGGCUGUUUUCAUUAAACACUUUGCAAAUGGAAACCGUAGAAGAGGGAUGGACAUUUUGAAAAGAAAAAUCAGAAGGGAAAGACAAGGAAUUACCUUCUUCUCUGGUUUUCUCUUUGGCUGCUCGAUUGCACUUGUAGUGGCCAUCAUUCUUGUCAUACAUCUAAGAAACAUCUUUAAGAGUCCAGGGCGUGUCCAAUACAUGGAUAACAUAUUUCCUCUCUAUAGCCUUUUCGGAUUCAUCGUCUUGCACAUGCUGAUGUACUCUGCAAAUAUAUACUUUUGGAGGCGUUACCAUGUCAAUUACACCUUUAUGUUUGGCUUCAAGCAAGGGACAGAGUUGGGUUACUGGGAAGUCUUUUUUCUUAGUUCAGGUCUUGCUGUGAUCACAUUGGCUUGUGUCCUCUCCAAUUUGGAUAUGGAGGCAGACCCCAGAACUAGAACCUUUGCAGCCAUAACUGAAUCAAUCCCUUUGGCUCUACUCAUUGCCCUUCUUUGUAUAAUAUUUUGUCCUUUUGACAUCAUAUAUCGUUCGAGCCGCUUCUUCCUCGUUCGUAGUGCAUUUCAUUUGGUUUGUGCUCCUUUCUACAAGGUUAGCCUCCAAGACUUUUUCUUGGCAGAUCAGCUCACUAGCCAGGUUCAAGCCUACAGAAGUUUACAAUUCUACAUCUGCUACUAUAUGUGGGGGGACUUUAUAAGAAGAUCAAAUAGGUGCUUCCAGAGCAAAAUUUUUGAAGCCUUUUUCUUUGUUGUUGCAAUUAUUCCAUACUGGAUCCGUACUCUUCAGUGCCUUCGACGUUUGGUCGAAGAGAAAGAUGUAGAACAUGUGUUUAAUGGACUGAAAUACUUCUCAACCAUAGUUGCAAUUGCAAUGAGAACAGGUCAUGAUUUGAAUAUGGGGAUGAUUUGGAGAAUUCUGGCUGCAAUUAGUUCUGCUAUUGCAACAAUUUUAGGCACAUAUUGGGAUAUAGUCGAAGACUGGGGACUUCUCCAACGAAACUCGAAAAAUCCAUGGUUGAGAGACAAACUAUUGAUUUCUAACAAAAGUGUUUACUUUGUAGCAAUUGUACUGAAUAUCUUGCUAAGACUUGCUUGGAUGCAAUCAGUACUAGGUUUAAGAGAAGCUCCAUUUAUCCAUAGACAAACCUUAAUUGCCAUUGUUGCUGUGUUGGAAAUCAUUCGACGAGGAAUCUGGAAUUUCUUCAGGAUGGAGAAUGAGCAUCUAAACAAUGUGGGGAAGUUCAGGGCAUUCAACUCUGUUCCUCUUCCUUUCGAAUACGACAAGAACGAAAUGAGAACACGAUUUUGACGUAUGAACAACAAACAAAUACUGUUUUGAGUGAUGUUUUUACUGUUAUACAUGGCUUGGUUUUCUCUGUGUGAAGUGAAAAGGUAGAAGAAAAUAUAUCGUUGUUCCAUUGGUUUCAUUAUAGUGAAAUAGAGAAAUGAGAGACCAGUCUUUGUGAAAAAAAGAAAAAUAAAUAAAGGUGUGCAGUUAUGUUCUUUCCCCAAACAAAUGGAGUGGAUCUUUCCAAGUAGAAACAGAUAAACUUAUUUGAUAACUCAGGUUUAUAUGCAAUGAAGAUGUAACAUCAGAUCAA